AAGCUGAAUUAAUGUGGCGAGCCUUAAAGGGAUAACCGAAAAGGUGAACAAAUCAAAUAUAGUCAAUGGUUUCACAUCAAAAAUGUUUAUGAACAAUUGUUUUUAAAAUAUUUUUUUGAAUUAUUCAACAAAAUAGUCAAUAAUGAAGAAUAAAGAAUGAAACCCAAAUAGUCAGAUUUUUAUUAAUUAAUUUUUUUUUAUGAGCCUAGAAAAUGAGUGGAUGAGGGGGGAGGAAUUUGGAAGAAAUACAAAAUUAUCAUACUUCUUCAAUCUGUGAUCAAAAAUAUUUAACAAAUUUAAUAUAAACCUUUUUACAGUUUAUAAUAUAUGUUUUUUUUUAAGGAUAUUUGGGGCCAAAUAUGCAGAAAGGAGGCGGGAACCUUGGGAGCACGAGUAACAGUCGGGGUUAGACCCGCCCUCCGGCUUCUAUAGGUCGACGGUUUGAGUGACAUGUGUGUUGUCCAGUAGGCGGCGCGUGCGGGGAAGGUUCAUCUGCGCAGAUGUGAGGCCGGGCAGAGACAGGAUCCGCCGCAGGAACUCGACCUCUGGAUUGAUCAAGACGAAAGAUGUCAUUCACAAGCGACCAACUCUACAACAUCUACAUCAGGAGGAACCUGCCCACCAUCGCCAGCAGGGUGAAAGUGCGAGAAGUGAUCGUCCAUCUGCCCUGUCUGACGUCCCAUGACCGGGAAAACAUAGAAGCCAAGCGGGACACCAAUGGGAACCACGAUGCCAUGGUGCUUCUGAUGGAAUGCCUGAAGAGACGGGAGAACUGGCCGGAGCAGCUCAUCCAGGCUCUGGAAGCGUGUGAGCACACCAUGUUGGCAUCAGAGGUCAGGGCGGCGUAUGAGGCCCUGACUGGAGUCAACAACUCCAGCGCCGGCUCUCCUCCAGGAACGGUUGUCAGAGCUCACGUCCACCCGCCACCGGCUGCCAGUUCACCUUCCGUCCCAGACAGCGGAGCUGCAGUUGCUCCGCCUCCUGAGGUUCCUCCAGUCCCUGCAGAGCCAGCCAUCCAGGCUCCGUCCCCUCUGCAGAACACUCCAAAACGCCCCUCUUCUGCAGCUGAGCUGUCUACUCCAACUAAAGUUCCACCUACUGUAACACCUCCACCUUCUCCUGAGACCCCCCAUGCCCAGCAGGUGGCGGCUGUGCCGCGGGAAGACACGCGGCGAGGGCCAGAGGAGAACUCUGAGAGCCAAUUUGAGGUGGGUGACGAUGCCAACCCUCAAAACAAGGAGGAAGCAUCACCUCAGUCCCCAGGCAGCAGGAACGACGACUCCACGGCGAGUCCCACCGCCAACCACGAACAGCUGGGAGCCAGAGAGGGAUCCAGUGUUCUCACAGUGACUCCAGUGAAGCGCCCCGUCCAGGACUCCUCCCCUCCAGCCGUCCAGACACCCACCGCUAGGGUUUCUGUAGCUGUACAGGCUGUUGACAGAAGCCCACAGACAGAACCUGCAGCCUCAUUUGGUCCUUCUGCUGGUAGGACCCCCCCUCUGGACGACUCAUGUCUAAGCAAACCGGGCCAACUGGUCAGCAUCCUGCCACAAACCAGUCCCGGGCCUGCCGUCCUCCCUGGCAGCCUGGAGGACCCUUACAGCGGCGGGAGCGACCGUCUGGAAUUCAGUGAGGCUGCCCCAGAUGCUGUGGCCCCCUCCCAGACACCUGCCUGCUCCUCAGCCGUCAGCUCCACUGCCGGGGGGUCAGUAGUGGACCCUCCAUGCCAGGAGAACGGCAUUGCUCUAGACCACCACGAACCUGAAGAGAGCCAUUACGAGUCACUGUGUCCUAGCAUGGAGGUGCUGGAGAACACGGUGCAUGUGUCCCAAGAGCCCUCCGUCCUUAAUAUGAACGGGCCCCCCCCUCAAAUGAAAGAAACAGGAAAAGGAGUUACCUCUGCAGCUGAAGAAGCUAUUUCUGCUUCAGGCAACUCAGAGCCCCCAAAGGCUAAAGUAUCUCCUGAGCUGCAUCCACAGCAGAAAGCAGAACCCCCUCAGGCCCCCACCUCCCAGACAGCUCCUGGGGGGUACGCGCUGGCUGCUGCAGGCGUGUGUGCAUGCGCUCUGCUGGUGGCCUGGAAGUUAAAGAAAAUGUGAGAAUCAGAAGUAAAGUGAGGAUGGGGUAAGGGGCGGAGUUUGGGUGGAGGGGUCUAAAGUGAGCAUUUAACUGUGACGCUACGUUUCCACACGUCUUCAAGUGGCCACUUUCAAUGAAAAGUCAAAGAGAACAUGUUUGGGGCUUCUGCAUUAGAAACUCAUGUUCACGCCUAUUUAUGCAAGUUUUUAACAAUCGUUUUCAGGCUCCAUAUACCAAACACGUGAUCACUGAACGCUAAACCAGGUUGAACUUAGACCCAUCGGGGAUUUGAAUUUGGUACUAGCGUAUGGAUUGGAUUAACUGAUGGACCGAAACACGGCGAAGAGCGUGACAACGUCGUUUGUUUUUCAAAUAAAGAUCAACUAAGACAACUCUACUGAUAUGAUGAUAAUCCAUAAGCGCCAUUGCAAGGAAAAGCACAUGGCGCACAUGCGCAAGUAAACAGUCGAAAAGAAGCCCCUCCCUGCUUGCCCAGUGUGAACAACAUGGGUUAAAGAUGCAUUCAAAAACAGGUGUCAAAUGGCCGUUGUGUACGAAGCUUCAGGGUGGAAUCUGAAGCUGCACACCUGGGCUGGGGUCACCCCUUAAUUCCAUCUCUCUUAACCCUGGUACUCUCUUAUGGGGUCCAGAUGACCCCACCCUUAUAUUGAUGUGUGAUUCCUCCCAUGAUAAAGGUGGACAGGAUUUGAUGUCUGCCACGGACACCAGUGAAGAUAAAAGAUUCUUGAGAGAAAAAAGUUCAGUACACUGCCUUGUGGGGUCCAGAUGACCACAAUUUAAUGUAAACAUGCCUAGAAUAGCACAAGGCAUGCCUUUAUUGAUCCUUCUUGUAACUGUGGGACCUCCACUGCAGCUGUGGGGGUAAUUCAUGUCUUUGGGGGCUACUAUAUUUAUUUGUACAUAGGCAUUCACUUUCCUCUAUUUAAGUACACAGCUGCAUCUUCAAUGACGGUUGAGUUCAAACCCCCUCACUUUCUUUUAUAUGCGGGUGCUCUGCCGACCUACAGCAUUUCAUGUGGGAACUUUGAGGACGACUUGUUCAAAAGGACUUCUUGUUCAGAAUUUGAACGUUUUAACCAUUGACUGUAUAUUUGAGCUAAUCAUCCAUUGAAAAUGACUGAUAUUUCUAUGGAAACCACUUUAACCAAACAGGAAUGAGCCUGUCGGAAGUCCACUUCCAUACCACUUGAAUUCAGGCUAUAUGUAAUCUGUUUAUCAACUUUUCAAGCGUUGGACGUGGGGUCCGACAGGCACUUUUAUUGAGGCAUCUGAUUGGUCAGUGUAUAACUUACGAUGCAGGCUUUUUUUAUUUUUUAUUUAGAUCAACAGAAAUAUUUGAAAAAGAGUUUGCAAAGCAAGAAUAGUUAUUCUUACAAGUAUAAAGACUGAGUAGUAGUUGUUUAUCUAUUGAAAUCUAUUUCGGCUUUCUGGGACCAGCAGGUACUUCCUGUUUGGAACGUCAGGGCAGAGGUGUCACUCAGUCCAGCUCUCCUAUACAGUCAAUGGGUGUAAAGUUAGACAUUUCUUAAAAAACUUUGUUAAAAGAACUCAAAUGACUCAACUGGUGGUGGUCACCUUUCGACUUGUCCCGUUAGGGGUUGCCACAGCGAAACAGUAUCCACUGCAUCGCAUCAGGGAUUUGGCAUAGAGUUUUUACGCCGGAUGCCCUUCCUGACGCAACCCUGUAUUUGCAAGGUACAGGGGAACCCAUGUAGGCAGCCGCGUCAAGAGUCUUGCCUAGAGACCCAAGCUGGAUGUAGAAUCCUCUCAACUGACCUGGAGGAAUUUGCACAAUUUAAAACAACUGUAUGCCUGUCGGUCACAACCUUUGUAAAACUUUUAAAUCUUCUGCACUUUUUAACCAUGGACUCAAACAAUCAUAUCAGAUUUGUAUUGUUUAUCAAUAAAUAAAAAUAUGAAUAAAUACCUUUA